CUCUUAUCAAUAACUAUGCGUUACCUUAACGCUUACUGAACUCUCGACCAGCUGCGACAACAUCAACAACCUGAAGAACGUAAAGGCCUGGAAUCAAUCCAGAAACUACUUGUUGACCAAAGCCAAGAGGCGAACACCGUUAGCAUAACUUAAUCGCAUAAGCAGCAGCUCACACGCGUAAGUUUCUAAUCUACACGUCAGCAAAACAAAAUGCGUCAAUUAAAGGGUAAGGUAAAGGAAACACGUAAGCAAAAGAAGGAGCGCAAAUUGGAGAAUGUAGAAAUACAAAGCAAAAUGCAAACCAUUGUUUUGCCGGCACUUGGUUUUGUUUUCCUGUUGAUUGUGGCAUUUGUAUACAUCAAAACGCGACCUGCUGCAGUGGUGGCCUAAAUAUAAAACUAACGCUUAAACUAGUUAGUUUAUAGUUUAUAUCAACUUUUGUAUUCGUCCUGCUGUAAUUGGUGUCUAUGUGUGAAUUGUGCAAUUUGUUUAUGUAUAAA